AUGAGUAGUAUGACGCUGAGGACACUUGCGUUGCUCUGUCUUUUCUUCUUUGUCUCUCCGUCUCUGCCAGCUGUAGGAGCUGCGGAAGCUUCUAGUACCGGUCCCAGCGGUACGUUCCAAGAGAGAGCAGCAGCUGUGGCGGAAGCAGGUGCGGACAGUAUCAGUACUGGUAAUGGUAGCAGUACUGGUAGCAGUACUGGUAGCAGUACUGCCUUUGACAGUGUGGGUGGAUUUUUGCGUGGAGAAAAUCUUAAGGCGCUAGACGUGCAUUUGAAAUCUGAUGUCAAUGCCAAAGUCAACGUCAACGUGAGUGAUCUCUCCUUAGAAGAGCGAGUGGUUGCCUUGAACGAUCUUCUCGACGACUAUGAUCACGCAACUCGUCUCCUUCAAGAUCUUCAAGCGGAAAUCGAAUCGAUCGAUUAUGAACACCCGGAUGUCCAGGCCGUCCUGUUUGGCUGCCGCCAAGAUGGUAUAGUAAGACCCAAGAAAAUUAGAUGUUGA